AUGGGUAUCCAGGGUCUGCUGCCCUUGCUCAAGGACAUCCAGAAACCCGUCCACGUCUCGAGCUAUGCCGGCAAGACCCUCGGCGUCGACGCUUACGUCUGGCUUCAUCGCGGCGCGUACGGCUGUGCGCGCGAGAUCGUCCUUGGCGAUCCGACCCCUCGAUACAUCGCUCACGCGCUGAGCCGCAUCCGCAUGCUCCAGCACUUUGGCGUCAAGCCUUACCUCGUUUUCGAUGGUGACAAGCUUCCUGCCAAGAGGGGCACCGAAGACGAUCGCGAACAGCGUCGUAGCGACAACCUGCAAAAGGCCAAAGAGCUCGAACAGGAGGGCAAGAUGCAGCAGGCCAGAGACGUCUAUGGCAAAUGCGUCGAUAUCACCCCCGAGAUGGCCUACCAGCUCAUCAAGGUGUUGAAGGACGAGAGCGUUCCAUAUGUCGUCGCGCCGUACGAGGCAGAUGCACAGCUGGCCUACUUGGAAGCGGAAGGCAUCAUCGACGGCGUUGUCACUGAGGACUCGGAUCUGCUCGUCUUUGGCUGCAAGACGGUGCUCUUCAAGCUCGACCAGGCAGGUAACGCGGUCGAGAUGCUUCAAGAGCGCUUCUGGACCAACAGAGCCAUCGCGCUGUCCGGUUGGACGACCGUCGAGUUUCGGCAGAUGGCGAUCCUGUCCGGUUGUGAUUAUCUGCCUAGCAUCGUCGGCAUGGGGCUCAAGAACGCGCACCGGCUGCUUAGGCGGUACAAGACGGUCGACAAGGUCUUGCAGGCUGUACGACUCGAAGGCAAAAUGCGAAUACCGCCUACCUACUCGCGGGAGUUCCGCAAGGCCGAGUUGACCUUUGUCCAUCAGAGGGUGUUUGAUCCACGCUCCAAGAAGCUGGUCACCCUCACGCCGUUGCCAGACGGCACCCAUGACGAUAUGCUGCCCUUCAUUGGCGCGGCCAUGGACGAUCACGUCGCGAGGGGCGUGGCCGAAGGAAUAGUUGAUCCGAUCUCGAGGACGCCGAUCGUGGAUCGUCUGCCCAAGCCUCUCACCACACGCAGCAGCUCGGCAGACAACAUCGCCUCGACCUCGGCUUCCGUCGGUCUCCCCUCGUUGCAUCGAAGCACAACGGCACCGACGACACUGGCUGGAUCACAAGGCGGCACUGGCAGCAGGUUCUACAGAUCGUCCGUCGGCGCUGGCCCAUCGAAGAAGGUCGUCAGCAAAGAAGCAGGACUGCAGAGCUUGAAGAGCUUCUUCCGUGCUCCAGCCAGCAGCAGCCAGACUGCAGUCAAGGAGGUCAAAGCAGCAGCGAGUGCAACCAAGGGGGAGCGGACGCCGCUUGCACCACGCGACACAAAUCGGCCAAUCAACUCGAGGCCUCUGGCGAAGGAGGCAGAGGUCGAAGCAAAGCCGACGCAGAGCAAGUUCUUCGCCCGUUCCACAGCGAUACUGACGCCAAAGUCGCCUGUUCGGUCACAAGACGCGAGGACGGACCAUGCAUAUCUGCAUCUUGGCGGCCAGCUGACGCCGCCGAAGCCGCGACAAGAUCCGAACGAUUCUGGGUACUGGGAUGACGAGUGUGCUGACAUGCAUGACUUUGUCAAGUCGAGCAGUCCGCCUCGUCCACCGUCCGUGGUGCAGGAGUCGCAGCCGCUCGUGAUGGACACACAGGAGUUCUGGCAGACGCAAGUGGUCGAGAGCAAAGUGGAGAGCGUCGUUGCUACACAGGUGGUGCAAAGCACGGCGUCUUCUUCGAGUGCGGCGGUGGUAGUGCCACAGACGCCGUCGAGAAGCAGGGAACGGAUGCACUCGGCGUCGACAGAGGGCGACGCGGUGCUGUCUUCGCCCGAGAGCGCAAUCGGCAGCGGCUUCAUCUCGUCGCCAGCCUCAUCGUCGGUACGAGGUGGCAUGGACGGGUUGAGUUCUACGCAGAAGCGGACGGUCGACGGAUGCGACUCGGACACACUACCCAGCUCGCCGCUGCUGGGUUGUCGUCCGACUCAUCUGGAUCAAGAGGACGACGAGGUGCAAGCAGAGCCCAUGACACCACUAGCCGCGCGGAAUGGUAAUGUGCGCAAGCCAAUGCUGCAUACCAGCGCCAGCAUGUCCAAGCUCGAGGCGUUUAGGUACAUGCAGACGCCUCAGCAGGGACAGCAGCAGCAGGAGGAAAAGGGUCGAACAACUCAUCCGAGACGAUCGACGGAUGCCAGCGCUGCGGUCUCCCCAUCGGUGCUGAAGCUGGCAGCUUGUGCGAGUACGCCUCUGACGGCGACCCGGCCGACUAAGGUGCUCAAGCGGAGUCCGACGCUACUGUUGAGCGGCGGUGAGGAGGUGGAGACGGCGAAAGCUUCGAGAGGUGUCGGUGGAGGUGGUGGUCUCUUUGACAGGUUCCGGUUCUCAGAGUCGACCUCGACGUCGGCUUUGUCGAGGCAGCAGCUUCCUUUUUGA